UGCGCCGCCGAGCCCGACCAGGUUGUUCACCAUGUUCCCCUUGGCAGAAAAGGACAAGCCUGUUGCCCGGAUGCUGCUCAGGACUGGCACUUGUCCCCGAUGUAUCUUCAGAUUCUGUUGUGUGGACUAUCAGGCUCCUUACAGGCUGCCAUAUAAGGAAUUACUCACUGAACUACAGAACUUCUUAGAAACGGAAAAAGAUGAUGAAUUCAUUUUGGAAGAUACCAACCCACCACUUAAAAAAAUCCGACUGCAAGACCCUAAGGAAGAGACCGAUGAUCUCGGUCAAAAUGGGGUGGAGGUGACUUCUGUCUUAAGAGACGGCCUGGCAGUGGAGACUGCAAAUUCUCAAGCUUGCAAUGUGUGCUUGGGAGUUCUUCAAGAAUUCUGUGAGAAGGAUUUCAUUAAAAAGGUUUGCCAAAAGGUUGAUUCUGCAGGUUACCAGUUUGCCAACCUGGUAUUUUCCGUCUCCUUCCCACCGCAGCUGUCUGUAAGAGAGCAUGCUGCAUGGUUGCUGGUAAAACAGGAAAUGGGGAAACAAGGACUGUUACUGGGAAGAGAUGGUGUAAUUCAGCUUAAAGAAGCCUACAAAUGGAUUACUCAUCCCCUGUUUUCAGAGGAGCUGGGUGUACCUGUUGAUGGAAAAAGCCCGUUUGAAGUAUGUGUGAUUUUUGCUCACCCUGAAACAGAUGAGGAUUGCCACUUCCUGGGUACCGUAUGCCCAGACUGUUUCAAGCCAGCCAAAAAUAAGCAGUCUGUGUUCACUAGAAUGGCAGUUGUGAAGGCCCUAGAGAAGAUCAAAGAAGAGGAUUUCCGCAAGUGGUUUCCUUGUCCACCCAACCGUCCAAAGGCUGCCUGUACUGCUCUUGAAAUCCAGUGUGCUCACGGUGCAGUCUUCGUGGCUGGGCGGUAUAAUAAAUACUCGAGGAAUUUACCACAAACUCCCUGGAUAAUUGAUGGAGAAAGGAAGCUGGAGUCCUCGGUGGAAGAAUUGAUUUCAGAUCAUCUGGUGACAGUGUUUAAAGCCGAGAGCUUUAACUUUUCGUCUUCUGGGAGAGAAGAUGUUGACGUGCGAACAUUAGGAAAUGGAAGGCCCUUUGCCAUCGAGCUGUUGAAUCCUCACAGAGUACAUUUCACCUCACAGGAAAUGAGGGAACUGCAACAGACGAUCAACAGCGCGUCAGAUAAAAUAAAGGUGCGAGACCUGCAGCUUGUCACCAGAGAGGCGAUCGCACACAUGAAAGAAGGCGAAGAGGAGAAGACCAAGACUUACAGUGCCUUAGUGUGGAUGGACAGAGUAAUACAGAAGAAAGAUAUCGAGUUCCUAGAUGAUACCAAGGACUUGAAGAUCGACCAGAAGACACCACUGCGAGUUCUUCACCGAAGGCCCUUAGCUGUAAGAACCCGGCUCAUUCACACCAUGGAAACCCAGUAUAUAGACGAGCAUCACUUUCGCCUUCGCUUGAAGACCCAGGCUGGAACCUAUGUCAAGGAGUUUGUCCAUGGUGACUUCGGCAGAACCACGCCAAACAUCGGGUCCCUGAUGAACGGGACAGCUGACAUCUUGGAGCUGGACGUGGAGGUAAUGGUUCCGGUCGGCCGCCUGAUUAUGCAGUCCAUCACACCCACUCAUCGCUGCCCUCAGCCUCCAGGGCCCGAUCGGAGCGAGGUCAGGAGCACCUUGGGUGGAUGCGAGACUGCUUCCAACUCUUUCAUUACCCUGAUUCAACUGCCAAGGAAACCAACACCUCGUUUCCUAACCGUAACCAUAGUGAUGGAAGUGAACAGCCGUGUGGCCUGGAAGGGCCCGGUGCUAGGAGGUGGAUUGAAACGUCCAGGAAAGAGCCGUGGGAAAGCGAGGGUUUCCCAAGGGGACGAGCAGCAGAUAAACUGUAGUAGCAAACGUGAUAAGGAAUACUUUAAGAACUCCACCCCAGGCCUCCCGCCAAUACCUGAUGAACGUGGAAAGAUUUCAAGUCAGGAUGAAGACGAGCAGCCGAUUUCUGGAAGGGUGCGGAUGGCCCCUCCACGCACCCGCCCACCCUAA